GUUCCUGUCCGCCCUCCCCCCGCCCCCCUAGAACCAUCUCAAUGAGAUGCAAACAUGAAAGACAAGAGGAAGAAGAAGGACCGCACCUGGGCCGAGGCUGCCCGCCUGUAAGAACAAUGAGAGUCCACAUGGAAGAAGAUAUAAAAGGUCCUGGGAACACCUCCAUCUUACCUCUUUCCUGCUCCAGCCUCUCUACAGCUCAAGCCUCUGGACUAUGGACUUAUACCAAUGGAAUCAUUCUAACCAAGGGACUGAGGUCCUUCCAAUGAUUUGGAAGUAACCAGAGCCUUAUCUUGAGCCAGCAGUUUAUUCCAUCGCUGAUACAAGCCUGAACCAAGGACUUUGCAGUUGUUGGAGGAGCUGCCCAGGUGUGCUGAGGGGCCUGUACUCAGGAAGAGAAACAGGGAAUCCUCCACAGCAUUGGAAAAACACCCCAACUCCCCAAUGACCGCAAAGCAAAUACUGGAAGUAAUUCAAAAAGAAGGGUUAAAAGAAACAAGGUAAAUAAGAGAGAACAGGGUCUCUUUUCUUCUUUAAUGGAACUCCACUUUAUCUGCAAUUGGAGAUCUGACAAAUGGAAUGUGGAAGCUGAUCUGGUAGAAGAUGCUUGUUCGCAAGAUGGAAGCCAGAAAAAUGUGUAGCUUCUAGAAUAUCUCCUUCUCUGAAUGGAACCUCUCCAUUAGCUUGUCUGAAUGCAAUGCUUCACACUAACACUCGUGUGGGUGAUGGAACAUUCUUCAAAAUCCCUGGGAAGUCAGGACUCUAUGCUCUCAAAAAAGAAGAAUCUACAUGCCCAGCAGAUGGAACAUUGGAUUUAGGAUGUGAAUCUGAGUUAGAUGGCACUGAAAUGGCUGAGACAAACAAUAGUAAUGGAGAAGAAAAUGGAGUUUGUCCGAAGCAGAUAUCUGAAGAAGCGUCUUCCAAUCGAGACUCAAACCUUACUAACACAACAGUACAAAGCAAGCUAGUGUCUUCCUUCCAGCAGCACACCAAAAAGGCACUUAAACAGGCUUUAAGACAACAGCAGAAAAGAAGAAAUGGAGUCUCAAUGAUGGUAAACAAGACUGUUCCUCGUGUUGUUUUGACACCAUUAAAGGUGUCUGAUGAGCAGUCGGAUUCACCUUCAGGAUCUGAAUCUAAAAAUGGUGAAGCAGACAGUUCUGAUAAAGAAAUGAAACAUGGGCAAAAAUCUCCAACUGGAAAACAAACAAGUCAGCAUUUAAAGAGAUUAAAAAAGUCUGGUUUAGGACAUUUGAAAUGGACCAAAGCAGAGGAUAUUGACAUAGAAACACCAGGAUCAAUUCUAGUGAACACUAACCUGAGGGCUUUAAUAAACAAACACACCUUUGCUUCCUUACCUCAGCAUUUUCAACAAUACCUCCUGCUUUUGCUUCCAGAAGUAGACAGGCAGAUGGGAAGUGAUGGAGUUUUGCGCCUCAGUAGUUCCGCUCUAAAUAAUGAAUUCUUUGCAUAUGCAGCACAAGGGUGGAAACAACGAUUGGCAGAAGGAGAGUUUACUCCAGAAAUGCAGUUGCGCAUCAGACAAGAGAUUGAAAAGGAAAAGAAAACAGAACCUUGGAAGGAAAGAUUCUUUGAAAGAUUUUAUGGUGAAAAGUUGGGAAUGUCCCGAGAAGAAUCUAUGAAGCUUACUGCCGUACAGAAUAGUGAUGAAGAUGAGAAUAGUUUACUGUGUGGGGCUUCUGACAUGCCUGGUCCUUCUAAACAAACAACUUUUGAAGACCAUGAACAAAAAAGCAUGAAAAUUGCACCUCUUCCUGAAAAAGAUUUCUGCCAGUCUCUUUGUAAAGUGGAACAGGUUCCAGUCAAAGAUUUAAUGGGGGAAUCAGAUUCUGAGGAUAUCUUGGUGCCUGAUGAAUCUGUAAUUCAGGAAGAGAUUGCUGAGGAAGUUGAGACAAGUAUCUGUGAAUGCCAAGAGGAGAACCAUAAAACAGAACAUGAGUUUUCUGAGGAGCCAGUGAGCCCACCUGGUGCUAGCGAAGAUGUGGAAGCAGUGCCCCUUGUAGAUAACUCUGCAUCCUGUGUGGUGAUGAAUGAUGCAAUUGAUACUUUGUCUCAUAUUGAAAUUAAAGUGGAGUUGAAGUCAGAAUGUCCUCAGGAAGACAUGUCAGUUGUAAUUGAUCAUCUGGAGGAUGGUUUAUCACCUGCGCAGUCUGCCUCACCUACAAACUCUGUCAGUGAUACAGCAGAGAAGGAUUCUGAGUCUACAAAAGAGCUAAGUGCUCCAGAAACACACAAAUCUGCUCUACAAGGCUCAUUGUUCACUCACGGAGGCAUUGCUGUGGAUAUGGAGCUACAGAGUGACCCUGAUGAACAGUUAUCUGAAAAUGCUUGUAUUUCUGAAACUUCCUUUUCCUCUGAAAGCCCAGAGGGACCUUGUAUCAGUAUUGCCUCUCCAGGAGGUGACACACAAUCCACUUCAGAGGAACCUUGUACUCCAGCGUCUCUUGAAACGGCCUGUUCAUCUGAGGCAUCCAGUGGUGAAAAUAUUGAAGCUGAUAGCCAACAAAAGACUAUUGAGGAAAGCCUUCACACACCUUUAAUGUCAGAAAUAUCUCCAGUGUCCACUUCACCUGUAAUCUCAGAAGCUUCUCUGACUUCAAACUUACCUUUGACGUCAGAGGCCUCACCAGCUUCUAAUUUACCUUUAACAUCAGAAACCUCUCCAAUGUCUGAUUUACCUUUAACAUCAGAAACCUCUUCUGUGUCUUCUGUACUUCUUGCUUCUGAAACAUCUGCGGCAACCAGUUUACCUUUUCUGUCAGAAACAUCUCCAAUUUCUAAUUCACCACAGAGUGAAAGACUUACUCUGCAACAAAGGAAAUCACCAUGUUUAUGUGAAGAAUCCCUUUCCCCUUUAAAAGAAGAAACUUCAGCCAUUCCUAAGGCAUCUCCAGAGGAAAAUCUUGUUGUGCAAGAGAAACAGAUUCAGAGUAUAACUGAAACUAUGAAAUUGGGUCCACUAGCAAUUAUACCUGAAAGUUCAAUAUUGGAAGAACCCCAAAGCAAAAAUCUUACUCAUCAGUCAUGCAGGUCGCACACUGAAACUGAGAAAUCUUAUAUUGCUUCCAUUUCAGAGCUCUCUUCUCCAGAAGUGAUCAAAAUUAAAAAUCACAAUGUUCCGCAAAGAGCUGAAAAGAAAGGUGUGCUCUCACCAUUAGAGGCAUCUGUCGUAUCAGAAGGCAUAGUGGGGAAAAGCUCUGAACUCCUUCCAGUUAAACCGCAUGAUAAACUGUAUACCUCAUCUGUAGAAAAGACUUCAUUCUUAGAAGUGUGCAGAAGUAAGUCUCACAAACAACAAAGCAAUGCCCAGAUCCGGCUGGAAAGUUCCCAUUCUUCUAAGUUAUUAGAAACCACAAAAUCACCUGAAGUAAGGAUUGAAAAUAGAGAUUCAGAAGUCCCAAAGAGGAAGACUGCGGAGCAGCACAGUUUUGGAAUCUGUAAAGAGAAGAGAGCUAGAAUAGAGGAUGAUCAGUCUAAUCGUAAUACUGCAUUGACAAGUCCAUCUGAGAAAGAGCAGCCACCUAGAGAAGAGCCCCGAGUCCCACCUCUCAAGAUUCAACUUUCAAAAAUUGGGCCACCUUUUAUCAUCAAGAGUCAGCCUGUUUUGAAACCAGAACCCAGGGUUUCCCCAAGUACAUCAGUCAGCAGCGGGAGGAACACUGGGGCUAGAACUCUUGCUGAUAUCAAGGCGAGAGCUCAACAAGCUAGAGCCCAGAGAGAGGCUGCAGCCGCAGCUGCUGUGGCAGCAGCUGCAAGCAUAGUCUCCGGAGCAAUGGGAAGUCCCUGUGAAGGUGGGAAGACAAGGACACUGGCACACAUCAAGGAGCAAACAAAGGCCAAACUCUUUGCAAAGCAUCAAGCCCGAGCACAUUUACUCCAGACUUGUAAAGAAGCAAAGUCCCAGCUCAGUGCAAAGGAAGGUCCUUCAUCUUUAGAGACCUCAACUCCUUCUGACACAAAGAUUGAAGUUUCUACUGGUGUCAUCAUAGUUAAUCCUAACUGCAGGUCUCCUAGCAACAAGUCUGCUCACCUCCGUGAAACUAACACUUUAUUGCAGCAGUCACUGAACACAGCUACGUUGCCAGAAACUGCAACAGACAUAUCUGUGCACAGUUCUGAUGAAAACAUACCUAUGCCACAUUUGUGUGAGAAAAGUAUCUCAUCUACCUCCACUGAAAAUAACAAUGUGCCAAUGCUUUAUAGCAAACAUUCAGUUCCUGUGUCUGCUUGCAGCACUGCUAUGUCAGGAACAAUUCAAGACCUCCCCUUUGCAAGUUCUGUUGAUAAAUCCUCUGUUUUAAUGUCCAUUGACAGUACAAACACAACCAUUUCGGCUUGCAGUGUAAACAUGCUGAAAUCCACCCCAGGGGUUGAUACCCAAUGCAUAGCCAUUGUACCAAAAUGUAUUGAUAACACUAUUGUUCCAGCCUCUAUAGACAGCACAGUCUUGUCAAAUUCCAAUGAUGAGAAAAGGUUGCCAAUAUCAAGUAGCAGUGCUAAUAAUGCAGUCUCCAGUCAAUAUACCACUGUGCCAACUUCAUCCAUUGCAAGUACUUUGCCAAAUCAUCUUCCAGGUAGCUCUGUACUGAUUCCCCCGGUGGGGACUACUUCUAGAUUUUCUUCUGAUAAGAUAGCCAUAACUGGAUGCAAUGAGCAAAGUACUGUAUCCAUUAACACUACAGUUAGAGCAGCUUUGAGCUGCAGUGAUGCAGCUGCAGUAGUAGACUCUGUUACAAGGCCACCCAUUUCAAUGUUUACUGGUAAUAUGGUGACAGUAAGUUCUUACGACAACGCUACUAAAUUAAGCGCUGACAACUUAGAAAAAAGUUCUGGACCACGAAACCGAAUAGAUCUGUCCUGUAAAUCUCAACCAGUGAGCUUUACACAAACAGCCAUGAAUAGGUCUAUACCUUGUAAAGUCAUUGUUGAUCACACUACAACAUUAAAUUCCAAUUUGUCACUGGCUGCUUCCAUUGAAAAUGCAGAAAACAGCAUAGAUCUGCAGAGCAGACUUGUGAGGGCAGAAACUGCCUUACAAAAUGUAGCAUGUCCUCAAGUGUCUGUAAUAAGCAGGCCCGAAAUAGUCAAUAAUGAAAGCCUUGAGCACAGUGCUAGCUUCAUAACUGUUACAUCAAAGCAAGAGGGCAAAACCUUGCAAUCAGCUUGUUCAGCUCUUCAAGAAGUGCCUCUUACUCCUCAAGAUAAACUAAUUGAGGCUGUUGCCCCCAGCCAAAGUUUUGUGGAGCAGUUACGAGGUCCUGCCACCUUUAAAAGUGAAGCAGAUGCUGCCUGUGUCAAUCAGUAUAAUACUAAUAACAGAAUUUGUUGGCAUGAUGAAGAGGCAAUGCAUACUGACCAGCCAGUGGUCAGCCAUCUCAACCCAAAUAAGCAUAAAGAAUACACAGAGCAGACCUGUUUAAAAAAUGUCAAAACAGAACCUUCAAGUUACACGCAAAUCUCAGAGUUGCAGUCAAGAAAUCUCAUUACAAGCAUUGCUGUUCCUGUUAAAUCGGAAACUAGCGAAUCUGACAAGUGCUUUAGAAUGGACACUGAAGAUUUUACGGGACCUGAAAUGCCUAGCCAGACUGCAGAAAUAGCCACAAGUGCACAGCCAACACAGACCUCCAAGACAUCUGUUACAGAUUCAAUGGAGGACACUUUGUCAUUGACAACGGAAACCCUAAAAAGAGUUACAAGUGCUGGAAGCUCUAGCUGUCGUUUGUCAUCAGUUGAGGCCAAUAAUCCUCUAGUGACACAGUUACUGCAAGGCAACCUGCCUUUGGAAAAAGUGCUGCCGCAGCCCAGAUCCGGAGCCAAACUAGAAAUUAACAGGCUUCCCUUGCCUUUGCAAACUACCUCAGUGUGUAAAACAUCAGCAUCUGAGAGAAGUAUGGUUGAAAAUCCUUCCAGCUCACCCAAUGCAGAUAGUAAAGGAUUUACAGCAGGCAACAUUGUCCCACUGCAAAUUAGAAAGCGGGAAAACCAUCCAAAAAAGAGGAUGGCCAGGACUGUGGGUGAGCACACUCAAAUGAAAUGUGAGCCUGGGAAGCUAGCAAUGGACACAGAUGUUAAAGUGGCUCCCUGUGUAAUCAGUUCCAACGCGAAUCCGUUAGGGCACGGUCAGCCAUUUAAACAAGAGUGGCUGAGCAAACACGCAGUUCAAAACAGAAUUGCUCACAGUCCAGAGAUCAAGCAGCAGAAGAGGCCACUGCCUUCUUGCAGUUUCCAACAGAAUUUAUUUCAUGUUGACAAAAAUGGCAGUUUUCAUGCAGAAGCUAGUACCUCACACAGACAGCAUUUUUACCAAAUGGCCAUGGCUGCAAGAGGUCCCAUUCCAACAGCAGCUUUGUUGCAAACUCCUUCAAAAGUCCCAUCUGGCUGCAAUGCAUUUGCUUUCAGUAGGCACUUGGAGCAGAAGAGUUUGGGAGAGGUCAAUAUUUCUACAGCAGCUCACCAGCUGAGGCUAGGAAGUGUUUUUUCGCCUAAUAUUCAAGUUAAGGAAGGUGAUGACAUUGCUAGUGCCUCACAAACUCUACAGAAUAAAACAUUAGUGCAUCCUCCUCCUCCCCCUAUUCCAAACACAGAAGUCCCAUCUGAUCAAAAACAACCAACAGUCACUAUGGAAACAAUUAAAAGACUUAGUUGGCCUCAGCCAGCAGGCAUCUGUAGCAAUAUAAAAUCUGAACCUAUUUCUUUUGAGGAAGGUUUAAGCAACAGCUGUGAACUGGGCAUAAAACAAGCUUCCUACGAUCAGAAUGAAGUAAAAGAACAGUUAAAAGCAUUUGCAUUAAAAAAUGCAGAUUUCUCUUCCUAUUUGCUUUCUGAGCCACAGAAGCCUUUUACCCAAUUAACAGCUCAGAAAAUACAAACACAGCACCCGCAGCAGCAGCAACAGCUCUGUGGAAAUUACCCCACUAUACACUUUGGUAGCACAAGCUUCAAAAGGGCAGCCUCUGCCAUUGAAAAAUCCAUUGGAAUUUUGGGAAGUGGCUCAAAUGCUGCUGCCACAGGUCUGUCGAAUCAGAACAUUCAGAUUCCGGUUCAGAAAUUUGCUGACAGCAGCAGUGCAGAUGAACUGGAACUGAAAUGCUCUUGCAGGCUGAAAGCCAUGAUAGUGUGCAAAGGCUGUGGAGCCUUCUGCCACGAUGACUGCAUAGGCCCUUCAAAACUGUGUGUAGCUUGUUUGGUUGUACGGUAGAAACUGAGUCAAAGAUGCAGUAUCCCUUGUCAGCAUGGGAGAGCAGAACAAAGUGGAGAAAUUGUAACAUUUUAGGCCAUUUUUUCUGUUGAUGCUUUGCUUCAGAAUUUAGUUAUUUCUGCUUGCAUGACAUUCCAUGGAAAGAAGAAAAAAAGGUUAAAAUUUUUUAAAAAUUGCCAACCUGCUACUAAACUUCAAUGAGCCGCAUUGCUGUCAAAAAGAAAGGAUAUUAAAAUGUCAUUCCUAGCUUCUAUUUAUUUGCACAAAGUGCAGCACACUAUUUCCCCACUUAUAUAUUAGAACAGACCCUCUAGGUUAUGAAUAACAGGUUAGUUGAGCUCUCAUGAUUUCUAACUGCUGGGGUACUGCAUUGCAGAGACAACAAGAUAACUAACAACUUGACAAAAGACUGGGUUGGGUGCUGUAGCUUGGUGUUCUGUUACAAAUCAGCCUGCAGACCUGCUAAAUUGUCUUGCAGUUUUUCUAAGGCAAUUGCUUUCCUGAACCAACCUUUACCACCCAGAUCUAACUUAUAAACAGUCAACCUAGCAAGAGAGAGAGACUUUAGACAGAUUUAAUUAAGAGAGUUUGCUCACUCCUACACAAAGCAUUAUGGAGGUAAGGUUUUAACUGUCAGCUGUUCUUGCUGAUUCCCUCCAAAUUAGAUUUGUAAAUGGGAUUUGAUUAGCUGGACCAUGUCUAGAAUCUUGUUGGUUUUAAUGGAGUGUAUAGGAAGUAACGAUUUCUCCUAGAGAGCUGAGCAUACUCUAUUUUUCCCCUCUUCUCCCCAAAACUCCCUGUUACAUCUAUUGAGCUAUCUAUCCCAAAAUGUACGUGGGUCAGAUCUAGAUAGAAAGCCAAGUUUUGAAUUUCGAUAGCAUUUAUGUUCCUAAGGUUGAUCCCAAGGUAUAAUUGAUUGACAAGCAAUUAUAGUUGAAUGUUGAGCUGAAUAGUAGAAAGUCAGUUAUUUUCCCCUCCUGUAUGAUUCGCUAUGUAUUUAAAUAUGUUUGAGAGUUUUGACUUUAAAAAAAAAACUUACUUUCAAAAAUGACUUAACACUACCUUCUUUUCUUAAAGAUUUCAGACCACUUAUAGUAUCUCUUAUAGAC